UACGUUGUAUUCUAACCAUGGCAAACUGUCCACAAAUCUCUUUAUGUCGUUGCACCAUGCGUGCUGUCUAGAUUCCUGUCACGUUGAUUUUAUUCUCGCGCAUUGUAAAAUAACCUGAGACUCGCGAUCACUUUAGACAAAAAUCUACUGUACUAUGUCCUCAUGACAUUCCUUCAUUUCCUGAGUGCGUUGGCAGCAUUGAGAGAACACGGAACUUUAGUGAUUCGAUUUGAUUGAAACCUUUGGUGUCCCAGAGUUCAGACUAGUCCUCCGAGUUAAACUUUGAUCACAAAUGAUCCCGUAGCGCUGUGAUAUACAACCAAGUCAACGCUUUCACUAACAGAUGAAGCCUGUUCGAGAUCGUGGAGCAGUGUUUAAGGGCACUUUGGGUGUUUGACGUUUUGCAAGAAGCACUUUUAGAGAGUGUUACAUGGCGCUGGACGAUAGAGUGACAUUGCAUGAGAACCCUUUCGAGAACCUAGUUGUUUGGGAAAAAAGACACCCAAUUUCGACUUCGAAGCAUCGAGAAAGGACAUGCGAAAAGCUAAAAACUAUAAGUACAAUUGUGCUUAAAGAUGGAGACGAAAAAGAUGACUACAUAAGCGAUUACUGUGUUCUUGUAGCGGCCACGAAAGAUUCGAGUUCACAAGAAGGUCGAUCGCGACCUGCAUUGUUAAGUGACCGUGACCGUCCCCAUUAUUCCACCACUGGCUACAACACAUUCGCUAAGAAACACAUUACAGGAUCGUUAUACGAACCACAAAAAGCUCCUUCCAUAACUCCACAAAGGCCUACGACGAUUCAACCAAGUUGUGGGUUAGAAUUUCCAAAAUAUAAUGACGAUGAAAAGAUAUUUUGCUGCAAUCGCGAUAUCGACUGUAUUAUAGACUAUGCUACGUGCAUGUGUUGCCUGAAAGGAGCCAUGUAUCACUGUACGAAAGAUACUUAUAAUGAAGGGGACAUGGCUGAGGACCCAUGUACAUGUGAGCACGAUCCUUCAGCACGGUCGUGUGUUUGUAAAUGGGCGUGCAUGGCAAUUUGUUCGCUUUUCGUUCCCUGUAUAUUAUGUUAUCUACCAGCUAGAGGCUGUGCUAAAGUUUGUAAAUGUUAUAAGCAACACAGAACUGCGAAGAGACAACGGGGACGCAUCAAAGUCCCUCCAUGAUUCUCUCUGUAUUCUACGCUUUAUUAUUGAUAGAAUUAAUUUAUAAUUUAGUAGGGUAUGGGUCACAUUGAUGCCUACUCCAGCUCCAUUUCUACAAUCAAAAAUACAUGUUUAUUUAUGACCGAAAAGUGUAAAUAUUAAAUUUGCUGAAAUGUUAUUCGA